CUCAACAUGUCGUACAGUAUAUCCCAUAAGAACUGUUCGUGUAGCGAUUGCAAUAGUAACAUUUGGAGUUAAUUGUAUUUCUGAAAGUGCACAUUCUCGAUGAAGUUUUAAAUAUUGUCGUAGUGAAAUUUAUAUGGAAAGGAAAAUGGUACGAAUAAAGUGGACGUUAACCAAGGCACCUAGUAUUCUUAAAGUUAAUUUAAAACAAAAGUGGUGGCGUUUUCAGAUCAUUAUAAAGUCUUUAUUUUACAAUGAUUUUUUAAAUUGGAGUUAUGUUUGUGACAUUCUAUUGGAACCCAUGUUAUGGUUUGUAGAAAAUUUCACUUCUUAUUUAGGACCUGUGUUUGUAGUUUUGGUAAGCCUUUUAACUGCAAGUAUCGUAUACAUUGCAUAUUACAUUGGUCUACCAUAUUGGUGGGAAAAAAGUCCAUUAAUGACAAUAAUCCUCUUAGUGGUUGGAAAUUGGUUAUUAAUUAAUGUAUGUUUUCAUUAUUAUAUGGGUGUAACUGUUCCAGCUGGUUAUCCACCAGAAGGUGGACUUAUACCAGAGGCUGUGAGCAUCUGUAAAAAAUGUAUUAAACCAAAACCACCCAGAACACAUCAUUGUUCUAUAUGCAACAGAUGUAUUCUUAAGAUGGAUCAUCAUUGUCCAUGGUUAAAUAAUUGUGUUGGCCAUUAUAAUCACCGACAUUUUUUCCAAUAUAUGGCUUUCACUGUACUUGGUAUCAUGUUCAUAAUGCUGUUUGGUGUAGAAAUAGCAUAUCAAGAAUUCUUUCCGGCACAAGAACCAGAACUGGAUGGUCAUCCAGUACGCAUUAAUAAUUCCGAAAUCAUUCCUGUGACUGAAUCACUAGAGCAUCUAAGCAAAGAAGAGUUAGCUGAAAUAGCUAAAAAAGCUGCUGAGACAAACGCUAAAGAAUGGAAACGUCGGCUUAUCAUUUUUGCGGCGUUAAUUUGUGUAGCUACUUUUGUGGCAUUGGGAGCUCUGACGUGCUGGCACGCUGGUCUUAUUACUAGAGGAGAAACAAGUAUAGAAGCACAUAUAAACAGCACAGAAACGCAAAAAUAUAAAGCAUUCGGUAAAAUAUAUCAAAAUCCGUAUAAUUUUGGACCAAGACAAAAUUGGAAGUUGUUUCUAGGCAUAAUUGGCAGAAGUUGGUGGUAUACCCUUUUUCCAUCGAAUCAUGGACCACACGGAGAUGGUCUUACGUGGAAGACUAUUCACGAUACAAAAAUAUCUUGAGUAUAAUUUCUAUGUCUAAUGAUGGCAAAUGUACAUUUAUUUUCCACAGUCACGAUGAAGUUGCCCUUACAGAUUUUAAAAUCUAGUCAAAUCAUACUACUACAAUUAUAUUAUUAUAUGCACGUACUUCGAACAACACAACAUAU